GCGCAAGCGAGCUGAAACCACGCCCUUGUAUAAAACGCAAGUUCACAGUCAUGGGGACGUAAUGUGGUAAUUGCCUCGACAUGAGAACCAUCGUUGUGGUCGCUGUGAUCGUUGCGCUGGUGGCGGUCUGCUCGAUAUGUGCAGAUGGGUAUCAAAUCGCAAUUCCGGACACUGAAUUAAUAAAUGACGCACCAUUGAGCACACUAUUCCGCGAAAAGCGGCAAGUUGAAUCCUUCGACGACGAGGACCUGAGCGCGACGCAGCAACAAGAACCUGACGAGCCCGGCUUCUGGGACCGAGUGAUCAAGAUAGCCGUCAAAGUGUUCGCGCGCUUUGUGGAGUGGCUCAACUCUUAAAACCGUUUAAACCUCUUUAACUUUCUGUUGUA